UGCGGUUGAUUAAUUGGUUUGACAUUGUCAUCAAUCAUAAAUCUGAUCACUGCCAACUAAGAGAUAAUGACAAAAGCAAAGCCCAGUGACACGGUGAGCUGGUAUCAUGCGCAAUACAUAAGAAAAUGACAACCCAAGGAGAUAAGAACAAAGGGGAAAAAAUUAGAGAAAAAAGGCAAUCGAGACCCUGUCACAAACACACGCCGCACUGAGCAUGCUGCACAUCCGCCCAAUGACGGCGCUUAUGUUGGCGGGGUUGCAUUAGGCUAGACUCGUCGGGAGCCCGCGGAACGAUACUAAUGAUGUUGACAACGUCACCCCGACCCGCUAAAUUUCGAAUCUUCGAUUCCGUAGGAUAAGAAAUCGUAGGUAGGACGAGGUUAUUCCCCCAAUCGACGGGUUUUGAAUCGAAGUGGGCGGUAAUGACGGGCCUGAGGAGCGGUCUAGUAUUUGAAUAUGAUAUAGAAGGCAUGAAUGACACCAGGAAGCCAACCCAGGAUUGUCAAACAGAUGUUGAUCAGGAAAUCAGCACCGCAUCCUCGCUCCAGGAAAACACCCAGUGGCGGCAAGAUGAUCGCAAAGAUGAUCUUGCAGAUAUCCCUAUGGUCCCAACGGCGUUAGCAUACCCACGACACUAUGCUCUCGUCAUUCAGAUUAUUGCGAUCUCAAGCUAUCCCAAGACAGCUCCAGCUCGUCAGGGUCCAGGUAUGCGCGCGACUGGAUAGGAAAUCGCCAAAAGAUGACGUCGCGAGGGGUUGCAAGACUUACGAGGCAGUGAAAGGCAUUGUGAAUCGAGGGAGACGUAGAUCUCUUCAAGUUGACUAGUUUGAUGUAGGAGAGAGUAGUGAGCAGGUGAUGUAUAUGACCAGAUGAAGGUUGUAUCUGAAUGCGAGCAGAUGAAUGAUGGGGAAGCAACAAGAAAAAUCAGGAGAGGAAGGGAGCGGGACCACAGGGACUCUUAAAUGAUGGGCGGCAAAAUUAAGUAGCUACCUUCCGCCAAACGCUACCGGGGGGGGGGGAAUGGUGCUAUGCCUCCUACGUAAAGCACUGUCCUCGAAUCCGCAUUAUUCAACGGAUACGCCUUUA